UGAUUGGCACCAUGUCAACGAAGUGACCUUGAAUGGGUCAGUGCCUGAAACGUAAUCAUCCUAUAACUUAGAGGCCUGCAGCCGCCUGCCAGUUGCAGAGCAUAACCUCAAACACCACAUUAAAUACUAGGUUUUACCAAACUGUCUCGCCAUCUACUAGCUAUAGUACUUAUACGACCUACGUGGCACUGGCAGCCUGGCCUUGCUCGCUGAAUGGCUUCGGGCUUCGCCGGACAGCCCGAGAGCUGCUUUAAUGAUCUCUUUGCAUUUUCGUGCCUUCUACGGUACAUGCAGACGAACCGACCCGGAUGACUACUCUUAUCUGCACCGUAUAGCUUGUGUCUAAGCCCAAUUGGGGCGGCGGCAACAGGAUAUUUCUUCAUGUAACAAAAAAUCACCUGACAUCAACAUCGGCAGUAGGCGAAACUCCCCAUGGUUGUGGAAUGUGGAUCAUGCAUGGGAAGACUGUUACGUUCUAACGCAUGCUUGACCUGCAGGAACCAUUGCGUCUUGCCCCAUGAACGUUCAAGCUCAAGCCUCUGGUUGAUAUUUGUACCCACACAUCAAUCAUCUGAGCAUUACGCCCACGUGAGGCCCACCGUGCCUUUGUUGCUAUAUUCACGUCGAAUCUCGAUUUUAAAGAUUUGUUUACGCCGCAUCUAGCACGGUAUAAAAGUUAUGCAUGAAUGCCUAGAGCCAUACGUGUACGACGAACGUGCGCAGGGUACAUUGACCAACUGCCCAAAGAACAUGGAGCAACCGGCGUGAUGGAUCUUGGCCCAACAGGAUUCAGCUAUAAAAGCCUUCUGGCAGUUGUUGACAUACGCCGUGCAUUCAUCGCUGUCUAGCUCAUCAUGCAGUUGUCUGUUGCAACACUCGUUCUCUGUGCCGUUCAGGCCGUGCUUUCUCAAAAGAUCAUCCUGACGAACGAUGACGGUUGGGCGACUGCUCAAAUUCGUGCUCAGAACGAUGCCUUGAUCACAGCUGGCUUCGAUGUUGUUCUUUCUGCGCCCGCCCUGCAGAAGUCGGGCACGGGAUCUUCGAGUGCACCUCCUACUCCUCUCACGCAACCGUGCGAGUUUAAUACCUGCCCUACUGGUUCUCCAGCUACAGGCUUCAAUGCUUCUAAUCCUCGGCUUAACUACGUGAACUCAUUCCCUGUCGAUGCGGCUCGCUUUGGCAUCCAGACGUUGGCCCCCCAAUUCUUCGGGUCUCCGCCUGACUUUGUCGUCAGCGGACCGAACAUUGGCACUAAUCUUGGAAGUGGGAUUACAGGCUCAGGCACUGUUGGUGCCGCAAGCGAAGCAGCUCUUGAAGGCAUUCCUUCCGCCGCCUUUUCAGGAGCUACGGGAUCCCAAGUUUCUUACACGACUCUCGUCACCGACCCCAACUCUACAUCCAGUGUCGCAGCGCGUCUCUACGCUGGUCUCGUCGCGAAAUUCACCAAAGCACUUAUCACACCCGCUGCUCGGCCUAUCCUGCAACCGGGCAUCACUCUGAACGUCAACCUUGCUGCUACAUCUGGGUCUGGAUGUACCAACGCGUCGAACUUCAGGUUCAUCUUUACGAGGCUGGUAGCUAAUUCGGGUGCUACGGAUGUCUCGACGUGCGGGACUACUCAUCUGCCAGAUGAGAGCACUGUCACUAGGAGUGGAGGGUGCUUCGUGACCGUGACCGUCAUUGAUGCGACGACGAAGAAGGAUGUGAACGCUACAGUUCAGGGUGUGGUCCUGAACAGGUUGCAAAACUUGCCCUUCACCUGCUUCAACUGAAGCUGCUCAGUUGAUCUAAAUCUUAGAAUGCCGUAGAAUGCCGUAGAAUGCCGUAGAAGUUGGGAAUACCUGUCUUGCUUGAAGUUCUAUAUCCGAAACAGUAUGAAUGUAGAAUUUUCAACAUUGACGUGAAUAU